UUGUGGCACCUCUCCCACUCGUCUUGCCGCCACACCCAAAACCUAACUUGCUUCUCUCUAGGGUUUUGGGGCUCAUAUUCAUCACAUUCAUGGCUGGCCCAAAGAAUCAGCAAAUUGAAGCAGCCAUCAUGCAAGAUACCGAUUCCAAGCUUCGCAAGAAGAACAAGAACAAGCAGAAGAGAAAAAUCGAGGAGACUGAUGCCGAAGAUGUAGAAAUUGAUCAAAACGCAGUUUUGGAAGCUGGCUCCACGGAAAUCUCGAAGAAGAAGAAAAAGAAGAAGGCGAACGGAGAUGGCAAAGAGGAGAUUUCGUUGAAUGGCUCAGGCGAAGAAUCAAUUAAGAAGAAUAAGAAAAAGAGCAAGGAGGGAGAAGGUGUGAGUGAGGUCAAAAUUGCCGAGUCUGCACAAGAGGAGGAGGUGAUAGAAGGUAGUGGCGUCGUGGUGUCUGGGAAGAAUGUCAAUGAAUCGAGAUACAAGGCUCUGGAUUCGUUUUCUGAGUCGGGGCUUCCUGAUGAUGUGUUGGAAUGCUGCAAGGCAUUCGAUAAGCCGUCGCCGAUUCAAGCUCAUUCGUGGCCUUUUCUGCUCGACGGCCGCGAUCUUAUUGGAAUUGCUGCCACGGGGUCUGGUAAAACGCUCGCAUUUGGGAUCCCUGCUAUUAGGCACGUCUUGAACAAGCGAAAGAGCAAUGCCUCUAAGAAAGUGUAUCCGCGUUGUCUUGUUCUUUCACCUACAAGGGAGUUAGCUCAACAAAUUGCAGAUGUUUUAUGUGAUGCUGGAAAGCCUAGUGGAGUGCGGUCAAUUUGCAUAUAUGGAGGAACUUCGAAAGGACCCCAGAUAUCUACUCUGAAAGCUGGGGUGGACAUUGUUAUUGGGACACCUGGCCGUCUUAAAGACUUGAUCGAAAUGGGAGUGUGCCGCCUAAAUGAGGUUUCCUUUGUGGUUCUAGAUGAAGCUGAUCGGAUGCUUGACAUGGGAUUUGAACCGGAGGUUCGCUCGAUUUUAAGUCAAACAUGCUCUGUUCGCCAAAUGGUAAUGUUUAGUGCGACAUGGCCUCCAGCUGUGCAUCAACUAGCGCAGGAAUUCAUGGACCCAAACCCAGUUAAGGUGGUGGUGGGUUCGGAAGAUUUAGCUGCCAAUCAUGAUGUCAUGCAAAUAGUAGAGGUGUUGGAUGAGCGAGCACGUGACGAACGUCUGCAGAAUUUGCUGGAGAAGUAUCACAAAUCUAGAAAAAACAGAGUGUUGGUUUUUGUUUUAUACAAGAAAGAAGCAUCUCGGGUGGAGAGUAUGCUUCACAGAAGGGGCUGGAAAGCCGUUUCUAUAAGUGGGGACAAAGCGCAGAGCGCAAGAACACAAGCCUUGUCACAGUUUAAGGAUGGAAGCUGUCCUCUAUUGAUUGCAACUGAUGUUGCUGCUCGAGGAUUGGAUAUUCCUGAUGUUGAAGUUGUUAUCAAUUAUAGUUUUCCUCUCACGACUGAGGAUUAUGUGCACAGAAUUGGUCGAACUGGAAGAGCUGGUAAGAAGGGAGUGGCUCAUACGUUCUUUACAAAGGAAAAUAAGGGCCUUUCUGGGGAGUUGGUGAAUGUUCUCAGGGAAGCUAAGCAAGUUGUACCUGAAGAUCUAUUGAAAUUCGGGACUCAUGUCAAGAAAAAGGAAUCCAAGCUAUACGGCGCCCACUUUAGAGAAAUCGACGCCAAUGCUCCCAAAGCUACCAAGAUAACAUUUGAUGAUUCUGAUGAAGAUUGAUUUCAAUAUAUUCAGGGAAGCAAUUCUGAAAUUUACUGUAUUUUUAGCUUCCAAUUGAAAUUAUCGAGCAUGUGCUAAAAUCAUAUUGUUGCUUUUGUGAUAGUAUAUCUAGUAAAGACGAAUUUUUUUCCUUUUCUUGUUGGUAAUGGUGAUUUUCAAAUUUUCAUCAUAGAAAUGUAAUGCUCCCAGUUUAUUUA